AUGGACAUGGGUGUUGAGAGCCAGCGGGAGUUGACGGCCGCGCCGGCGGCGGGGACCGGCACGGAAAGCAGGCCCCCAGGCGGGAGCGGGCGGAAGCACCUCUCCUCCAUCGCCAACCACGUGCUCCGGCAAUGUUCAUUGACAUUGGACAGGAGUGUCAAUGAUUUGGUGGCAGACUGCGAGUUGGGCUUAAAGACUGCAGCAGUUGGCAACUAUUCAAGAAAACUAGUUGAGUUUUGCAGUCUUCAGGCCCUGCAAAUUAUCGCAUCACAUGAUAUUGGGGAGAAGAUAAGUGACGGUUCGCUAAGUCGGUUCACCUUCGAUAUGAUGCUAGCUUGGGAAACCCCUACCCCAUCGGAUCAACAGGUCACCAUGGAGAGCAUAGCGAAAGAAAGGGAAGAUAGGAAGGAGCCACUUGGAGAAAAUGAAGCUGUGAUGGGUGAUGAGACGUCACUGUUCUAUUCAGAUAUCAUGCCUCUUCUUGUGAAUGAAGAGCCAACUGUUGGGGAAGAAGCGUACGUGUGGUUUGGAUCUGUAUUCCCUUUGGCUUGUGACGUGGUUAAUGCUCGAUUCACAUUUGAAGCUCUCACUGCUACCACAGCUAACAGGCUGCAUUAUCCUGCUUAUGACAGAUUCCUGAAAGAAAUGGAUAAGUCCUUCAAAUUCUUUCAAGAUUUGCCAGCUCCAACUGGAAUUGAAUUCGCUGAAGAUGAAUUCAUUUUGCACAUGGAGGGCACAGCAGGAACACAAAGGGUAGUGAGGCACAUUGGAAGCACUAGUUGGCCAGGCCGAGUGACUCUGACGAACAAGGCACUAUAUUUUGAGGCUUCUGGAAAAAAUUCAUACGAAGCUGCCAUCAAGGUUGAUCUUUCAGACACUAGAAUAGAACACCAAAUUAGCACUGUUUCAUCAGGCCCUUUUGGUGUGCCUUUGUUUGACAAAGCCAUUGUGUUUGAGUCACUGUGA